AUGUUUGUUCAAUUAUGUGGUGGAAAAAUAAUGAUCAUGGGAGGAGAUUUUCGCCAGGUGCUUCCUGUUAUUGAAAAAGGAAGUAGAGGACAAAUGAUUUCAGCGUGUAUUGUUAGGUCCCAAUUAUGGGCCACCACAAAGAUCCUACACUUGCGCCAAAAUAUGCGAUCAAUUCAUGACCACGAGUUUGCACAGUUUCUGAUGAGGAUUGGAGAUGGCAAUGAACCUGCUAAAGAGGAUGACAUGGUCAAGAUGCCUGCUGAAAUUGUAAUACCAUGGGAAGGAGAAAGCUCCAUAAAAAAACUUAUACAACAUACAUUUCCCCAAUUAGAAAAUCAUGGAUGGGAUGCUUCAUAUAUGAUGGAGAGAGCCAUACUUACUCCCAAAAAUUGUGAUGUACAUAUGUUGAAUGACAUGAUUAUUAAUAAGUUCCUCGGAGAUGAACAUAUUUUGUUAUCUUUUGAUGAGGUUGAGGGUGAUACUCAUAAUCUAUAUCAACAGGAAUACUUACACACAAUUGCUCCUGGUACUUUACCACCACAUAUUUUAAAGAUAAAAAUAGGGGCUCCUCUGAUGUUAUUGCGUAACAUAGACCCUAAAUUUGGGUUGUGUAAUGGGACAAGAUUGUUAUGUCGUGGUUUUUUUAUGAAUUUGCUUGAUGUUGAAAUACUUACAAGCCACAACGCUGGAAAAAGAGCUUUCUUGCCAAGAAUUAAGCUCAAAACCACUGAUGGUGCAGGACUUCCUUUUGUGCUUAUUAGAAAACAGUUUCCUGUCAAACUAAGUUUUGCAAUCACUAUAAAUAAAUCACAAGGACAAACAAUUCCAAAUGUCGGAAUUUAUCUUCCACGAUAUGUUUUCAGUCACGGACAAUUGUAUGUUGCUUUAUCAAGAGGUGUUUCGCGGGCUGCAACAAGAGUGCUAAUUAAAGACGGAAAAGUAGAGGGGGAAGAAGGGGAUUUUACCAAAAAUAUAGUUUUUAAAGAAAUUUUGUUGUCACAACCUCAGGUAUUUAUCCAUUAUGUUUAA